AUGGGCGCCGCCUUUCUCGAUGCCGGGGCCGGCAGCGGCUCGACCUGGCCAGCGAGGCCGAGAGCGGUGGGAGCGGUGGGAGCGGUGAGCUCGGACGACUUGUCGGACUCGCAGUCGUCGACACGGCUGCUGACUCCAGACGGCAGCGACGAAAAGGACGAGGCCGAUGUCGAUGAAGAGGAAGAAGAAGAUGGCCGGGUACAUGUCGAGCUGCAGCGUCUGCACCAGACUCGGCGACGGCGCCCGUCAUCGGGUCGCCACGGCCGGCUAGCCUAUACGGCCGAGGAGGAACGAGCAGUUGUACGCAAGUUUGACCGUCGACUAGUCUUGUUUGUGGCCUUGCUCUACAUGCUGAGCUUUCUGGACCGAUCGAACAUUGGUAACGCUCGCAUCGCCGGCAUGGACGACGACCUCCAGACGACACCCCCUCGCGACAGCUGGUACGCCUGGUGUCUGACGGCCUUUUACGCGGCCUACAUCGCGUUUGAGUGGAUGGCCCUGCUGUGGCACGUCCUGCCGGCUCACGUCUAUGUGGCCGCGCUCGUGCUUGGCUGGGGUCUCGCGGCCUCGCUCCAGGCCGUCGCCACGUCCUAUCCCGGCCUUAUUGUCUUGCGCCUUUUCCUUGGCAUCGGCGAGGCUGGUUUUGCCGGCAUUCCCCUCUACCUCGCACGCUUCUUCCGCCGCGACGAGCUGGCCCUGCGGAUGGCCGUCUUCAUCGCCGCCGCCCCGCUGGCUACCACCUUUGCUGCCGCCCUGGCCUGGGCCAUUCUGGCGCUGGCUCGCCGCGUCGCCAGUCCGAUUGCCCCGUGGCGACUGCUCUUCCUGAUCGAGGGCUUUCCGUCCGUCCUGGCUGCUGUUGCCGCCUGGCGCAUCCUCCCCGACGCUCCGGACCGCGCUCGCUACCUGACCCGACACGAACGACGGCUGGCACGGGCACGACUGGACGAUGGCAACAGCGAGGACGACACCGGGAACAGAUCGGACAAAGAGCAGCCUCCUACGACAACAUGGCUCUCCUCGCUCGCCGUUCUCGCCGACCCCGUCGCCUGGAUCACGGCUGCCAUGUUCUUCCUCGCCAACAUGGCCUACAGCUCGCUGCCGGUCUUCCUGCCGACCAUCCUGGCGGCCAUGGGUCACGACCCCGUCACGGCGCAGGCCAUGUCGGCGCCGCCCUACCUGGCCGCCUUUGUCGUCGUGCUCGCCACCGCUCACACGUCCGACCGGAUCCGUUCCCGCAGCCCGCUGCUCAUCGCCCACGCCCUCGCCUCGGCUGCUGGCUAUGCCGCUCUCUCGCUGCGUGGCACCCCCAACGCCUUGCGCUACGCUGCCGUCUAUCCGGCCGCCGUCGGCUUCUUUAACGUCGUCGUCCUGCUCAUCACCUGGAACCUCAACAACCAGCCCGGCCAGCGGCGCCAGGGCUGCGCCUUUGCCCUCUUCCAGGUCGUCGGCCAGUGCGGUCCCCUCGUCGGCACCCGCCUCUACCCCGACGCCGACCGGCCGCUCUUCCUGCGUGGCAUGCGCACUAUGGCCGGCGCCAUGCUCGCUGUUGCUGCGCUGGCUGUCGUCCUCCGUCUGGUCCUGCGCCGGCGCAACCGCAUGCUAGACGUCGUCGCGGCCACGGCAGACGACAUGGCCGAGAUGCAGCUGCGCAACGACAACGAUGACGAUGAUGACGAGACCGAGAGAGGAGCUUACGACACGGAGGAGGAAGAGGAAGAUCUCGUUGGCGAGACACUUCAACAACGGCGACAUCAGAAGCACACUAGGAUCUGCAAGUCGCGCGUCCAGGUUCCGUUUCGAUAUAUGCUUUGA